UCUCUCCUCUCGAUUCUCCCUGAACCGAUUCUGUUGGUCCUCCAUUGCUUCCAUCCGCACGGAUCGGUAGGGUUUACUAAGAGAGCACGAGUCCUCCGAGGGUUCAGUACGAAACGCGCGCUCGAACUCGAAGGAACCCUCGCCUUUGAGAUUCCUCGUCUUCGAGGAGAUUUAAACGAACGAAAAAUAAAAAAUAGAUAAAUAUAUAAAAGACAAAAAAAAAUAUAGAAAAGAAAAUUUUUCCGAUUAAUCUUUACGAUUAAAUUUACAUGCUGAUCGUUUUUCGAUCUCGAUGAUUACAUCGAUAACGAGAUUACGAGUGUUGUUGCUUCAAUUUCCAGCAUUGACUUGAAGACCCCAAGGAUUGGUGAAAGUAACAAAAGUAAAAAUGGGUCCUGCGAUCGACAGGAUGGUUCCAGGAUUGAUUCUACUAGUCAUCCUUUCUUUUACAUCUGUGUGUCUUGGAUCUGGAUCUAAUACGAAAUGUCCAACAGAAAAAACUUCACCAGGCAAAGAAGUGAUUUGCUAUACUUUCAAAGCAAACGUAAAUCUAUUCAGUGAUUCGAUUUGUCGGUGCACCACUUUGGUAUAUCAAGGACACGAUAUACGAAAUCUUUCUGUUUCGAAUUUUCAAGAAUUUAGCGAAGAGCUAAAAGAAAUGAACCCACCUCUCCAAUUUGUCAUUUCCGUCAGCGAUCCUGCAGGCACUCUUAAAACUUCCGGUACGAAUCGUCAGACGGCUGCCACGCGUUUGGUUAACAUUCUAAACGAGGUUGAUGGCGUGGAAUUGAAUGUCACAGCGGGUUCAAAGGAACGUCUUUAUCAUUUCGUCAAGAGUCUCAAAGAUGAGAUGGUACGAAAAUCGAUUGACAAAAGGAUACUGAUGUCCUUACCAACGAAACCAGAAGAUUUGGCGAAACAGUUCGAUCUAAAGAAGCUUUCAAAAUACGUGGAUCUAUUUACGAUCGCAACUCAUUAUCUAGUGGACGAAGAUGAAGUCUAUUAUACUUUCCAUCCUUCCCGUGUGAUGGGUCUAUUUGACAUGCUCAAUACGGAUAGCUUAGUCGAUCUGAUAAGCGGAUUAGGAGCACCAAAGAGAAAGCUCUUGAUUUCGAUGCCAGCAAGUGCUUAUAGAUUCAAUUUGAAGAAUGAGACGGAAAACGCACCAAGGUCACGUACCGAGGACAAGUAUCCGACUGUCAUCGAUCGGAAAGAGUUUUGCGAAUCGAUGGAUGAUGGGGAAUGGACGAUAGAAAGAGAUGAGGAUCUUACAGCACCAUACGCUUUCAAAAACAAAACAUGGAUCGCUUUUGAGGACAAAAUUUCUGCGGGCAUUAAAGGAAAAUAUGUAAUUCUACGUGAACUCGCCGGUUUGGGCAUUUGGGAGAUUGAAAACGAUUUAAAAAGUAAUUGUGGAAAAGCAAUCACUCAUGAUGUCCAUCAUUCUUUCACGAAUUUUAAAAGGAAGUCGCGGCACGCUGUGCUUACUUCGUUGGAAGAUGAUCUUCAUCAAGCAAUGAUUACUUACCCAAAUAAAGCAAAAUCGUCCGGCUAUAGAGUAGUCCGAGUAGUUGAUACCGAAGGACAUAUUCGUGCAGUACGUGAAAAUACACAAACUGAAUUUACCUGUACAAGACAAGGUUACUUCGUGCAUCCUAAAAGUUGCAACAGAUUUUAUCGAUGCGUCAAAUUCAAUCAAGAAAUAGAGAAUUACUCGGUUUUCGAAUUUGAUUGUCCAGCUGGAUUGGCAUUCGACGAGCGUACGGAAGUUUGUGUUUGGCCAGGAUCUUUGUCUCAAGGAUCUCCAUGUCCUGGAAGUAGCGAAGUCGCACCUGCUCCUCAAGUUAGAUUCCAAUGUCCUCCUGAACCAGGAUACUAUGUCGACCCACGAAAUUGCCGUUGGUUCUUCGCCUGCAUGGAUUUAGGUGGACCAGAAAUGAUGGCUUUCGAAUUUCGUUGUCCGUAUGACUUGGUCUUCGAUCAGGACAAAUUAGUUUGCGAGUGGCCUUGGUUGGUACCUAGUUGCUCCAAUUCUGGAUCGGGCUAUACAAGAAGCGAAUAUGAUAUUCAUAUUAAUAGUGGAUCAUCUACUCAAGGUGCGGGUAGAUUUGUUACCGCUGGAAUACCCGAUGGAUUUUCAGGAACAACUGGAGGAAGUUAUUAUGAAACCAGUGCUGGUGGAUACACGGGUUCGUCCGGCACACGAUUUACUGGUUCAUCCGUUGGGCAAAUAGACCUUGGACAAUCAAGCUUGAAUACAGAUCACUCAGUAGCAACUGGAGGAUAUUCGACUGGAUCAGGAUAUACUAGUGGUACUACAGGAUAUGGAUCAAUCACUGGUUCACAUGGAAUUAGUGGACAAUACACAGGAAGUGUAUCCGGUGGAUAUAAAGGUUCAACAAGCACAGGAUACAUUGGAAUUCAGACAGAUUCUAAUGAAUCUGGAUAUUCAGGAUCAUCAGGAUCGUUAAGUAAUGUUCAUCAGGGUUCUACGACUGGAUUCCAUGCAGGAUUAGGAUAUACGGAAAGUAGUUUAUCGGGCCCUACAACGUAUUCACAAUCCCGUGAUCAUAUAUCUCUUGGUUCGCAAUAUUCGCAAGGAACGAGUGGUCUAUACCGAGGUUCUAGUAGUACGAUUCAUGGUGGUAAUUCUGUGGGAUCAACUAGUGGUGGAUAUACCAUAUCGAACGGUGGAUUAUCAGGUUCCCAAUAUACUGGAAAUUCUGUAACAGAUAAUGGAUAUUUUGGAUCGGCUGAUACUAGUUAUAAAGGAGGAUCUGGAAGAAUUGAUUCUAGUUUAGGAUAUACGGAAUCGAUAAGUUUGAAUACACAAGGUUUUACCGAACAGAAAGGAUCUGGUUAUUCCGAUAGCACAUUGUAUUCGGGAAUAACUAAAGAAACAGGAGGGCAAGGAAAAUAUACAGGAUUAUCUGGAAGCGGGUAUACUGAUUCUUCAAAUACAGGAUAUACUCAAAGUUCUUCUAUUUCUGGAUCUUCAGCUGAAAAUGGACAUACUGGAAUCGGACAGACUGAAGUAAUUGAUUACUCAGGAUCAACAGGAUCCGAAUAUACGGGAUCCAGAUAUACAGGAACAGAUUUUUCAACGAAAACAAAAUAUACAGAUUCAUUUGGUACGAGCCACUCAAGAGAUUCUAACAAUGUAUUUACAGGAUCAACAUCGAUAGGUUCAAAUUAUCUUGGGAAAUCGACAGUAGGCGAAAAAGUUGUACCAGGAGUAUUACAAGGUGGGGAUUAUGGUACGAUGUCCACAUUGAUACGAGGCCAUACAGGUAGCAGUUCCCAAUAUUAUGGAAAUUCUAAAGAUUACGAAUUACCUAGUUAUACUAUACCAGUGCAAAUUAUACCGGAUGAAAUACCGUAUUAUAAAAAUGAUGUCACAGGUAGUAAUUCAGUAAAAGGCAUUGGUGAAACCCUGAAUGAUGGAAAAGUUGAUUCUGGUUCUACAUCAUCAAUAUUUACAAAUUAUCCAGGUCAAACGGGUACAUACAUUACUCAUCACACAGUAUCUCCUGGUCCUAUAUAUUCUAGCCAAUCUGGAAUCAAAACAAGUCAUAGCAGCGAUACUGGAGUAACAAGCACUUUUGAUAAAAAUGGAUUUAGAGGAAGUAAUUUGAAUAUUACAUUAACGCUUGAUAGAACUUCUCCUACGCCUGGAACAUUUUAUCAACAUCCUGGUUAUUCUAAUGGUUAUAAUAUUGGACAAGCAAGCACUGGCACUAUCGUUACCGGUACUAAUAUCGAAGGAGCCAUAGUCACCGACGACUCCUCUUCUGGAUCUCUUAUUACUCAAGGAGAUAUAUCUGGAUCAAUAUUAACAGGAUCAGCACAACAAGGUACUGUUAUAACUGGAAGUAGUCAACCAGGGUAUGUAAAAUCACAAACUGGUACUCCUGGUUAUGUUGUAAGUGAUGGAGUUAAAACUGUCUAUUCUGGAUCAGCUAGUCCAGGUACUUUGUUGCACGGAUCCGUUUCUCCAGGCGUUUCAUUAAGUGGUACCUCUGUUUCUGGUACAAUCUUACAUGGACAGAGUAGCCCAGGUAUUCACUUAACUGGUCAAACUUCUAGCGGUGUUGUAGUAGGUGGAACUGUUCAAGAAGGUACUACUGUUGGGGACUCCAUAGGAAGUCAUUAUUAUACUGAUACUGGAUCAUCAGUUUAUAGCGGUAGUAGAGGUUCGGCAAAUGUAGGAUUGGUGACCCCUUCCAUCGCUGAAAGUACAAGUUAUAAAACAAAUGAAUAUCAUGAUAACGGGGGUCGUGGUACCAUCACAUUCAAUAACGGUCUUGUUACCACUAAGUAUACUGAAAGUGAUCUUACAGAUUACAGAACAUCGAUCGGUACACUUCCUGAUAAUUUUGUACCUGGAGGUAAAUUGCAUGAAGUUCAAAGUGAGAUAAGUUCCCCAGGAUAUUCUUCUAUAAAAACUAAUACAUUCACUCAAGGCGGAUUUACAAAAACAGGACCGACUAAGACAGGUUAUGUAACUGCAAGCUUAGGUGGUAAAGGAUCUUAUGUUGCCAGUACUGGCCGACGACCUACAACGAAUUAUGAUAAAAUUGGAGAAAACGCUUUCGAAGGAAAUGUUGCCGGUUACACGAAAACGUCCAAGAUCUUUUCGAAUGUAGGUACAUCAACUGAAACACCAGAUGCUACAUACGUCGACACGUCCAAAAUCACUUUAGGUCCAGCUAUAUCACAUUCAGUAUCAAAUAUUUAUGAAAAUACUGGUGGAACACAAUCUUCUACGUUAGCUUCAGUUUCUUCCACAAGUGGCAGAGUGCCUUAUACAGUAACGACACCUUCUUACCUCAACGUUGGAAUUUAUCAAACACCAACGAUUGUAGAUUCUACAGGAGUAACACCUAUAUCGACUGUAGUGAACACGUACAACAAACCAGGCUUCGUGCCUGGACAAGUUUCAUCAGGAUUUCUUGAACAUAAACAAUCAACACCUACAGUGUCCUCAGGAGUUUACAGUACUGGUCCAAUUGAAAACUACAGGACAACAGUUUUCGAAGCAGCUAAAAUCCCAGUAUCCGUAUCUACGAUUCAACCAAUGUUCGAUAAUAAUUACAAAACUACCAUUUCUCCAACGUCUAUCCCAGUGAGCUUGACCGGCGACACUUACACUUAUAAGGAUAGUCGCUUCAACACUGGAUCUCUUUCCACGCAUGCACAAUCUGCCCUUAAAACCGGGGUUUCCUUCCAAUCAACUGGUUUAUAUAAUCAAACGGAUCACAUUUCUAUUACCACUUCUUUACCUUCAGCCUCUAUAUCUUCUGGAUAUGUUCCUGGAAAGUCAAAGCCAUCAACAAUAUUUGGAACAUACAAACAGCCGACUGUAACAACAUUACGACCAGAGGUCCAAUACGUACCUAGUAGCACUUCAGCAUCUGUCUCAAAUGGUUUUAAUGGAUAUACUUAUACAGAAGGUAGCAUACCAUUUGAAGAAAGCGUCACACCCUCAACAAUAAUUCCUCAACAAUCCACAGGAAGUAUACGUCCGCAGUACGUAUCAUCAUCUACACCGUCUUCUGCUAUCGGAGUAACCUACACGAAAUCAUUCUCAAUACCUGAUAUUACUUACGAUCAGACUACACCAGAAUCUAUUUCGAUAAUCGAUGAUACAUCAUCUAACCAAGAUUACGCGACAAAAACGAAGACAUCAUUUGGAUCGAGCACCACUUUUGGAGGGUCACCAACGAAUUUGGAUAUCUCACGAGAUAAAGUAAAGACUCUUGUCAAUAACUACAACCGAGGAACAAUCAAAUAUAUUCCUAGUGUGUACGACACUUACACUGCAACCGAUGGUACAAGUUCUACAGGAUCAACUUACACUGGAUCAAGCAAGAAACAAUCAUCCUUUUCGUCUUCUGUUGGACAAACUUACGUGGGAUCAACGAGAACGCAAAGUACACCAAUUGUAACGACCUACUCAGGCGGUUACAUCAAAACAUCAUCAGUAACACCAUCUUAUGAAAUAAGUACGAAAACAACUGCAGCUCAAAGCAAGGGCAAGGUCAUUGUUAAGUGGAGCGAUCUUCAUCCGUUACUUCUUAGCAAACUCGGUGCAGAGUGCACUUGCAAAGCUGAUCCGUUUGCAAAUCUUCGUGGUCCUGGUAAGAAAUUAAUUGACUCUUCAAAAGGUCAAAUAGAUCUUGCCAAUUACGAUGAGUCAGAUGUCUACGUUGAUCUCGAAAAUGAUGGCUCGAGCGAAUACGAUUAUGUCACCAAUUACGACUCCUCCUCGUCAAAGCCCUUCAAGAUUGAGAAUAAGGCUGUUACUGAAAGUACUCAACCUUCCUCAACCUAUUUACCGAGUGUAUCUACCUCUAUUAAUCGCAGUUAUAUACCUGGUGUAAGAUCAGGAAAGAAACUGGGACAAAGUAGCUCGAGUACCAAUUCAAUUGGUGCGUCAACCAACAUUAAUAGUUUCGUCCCAAAAAAUCUUGAGGAAGCCGAUGAAAUUCUUGAAGGUCCCAAUGAUUGUGCCAGACCUGGUCUCUUCAGACAUCCAAAUUUCUGUAACAAGUUCUAUGCUUGUCACUGGGAUGAAUGGAAAAAACGAUUCACUCUCCAUGUAUUCAAUUGUCCGGUGCACUUAACCUUCGACAACAACGCCGAUGCCUGCAACUGGCCCAGCAAGGGACCAGCCUGCCAAGACGGCAACUUACUGGUUUAGAAUAUAAACUGCUUCUUCCAUCGUUCGUUUUUUGCUCCUAUCAUCUUCUUUUUCGUCUUUUGGAAUUUUAAGACCUAUUGGAACGACUGUAAAUCAAGAGAUCACGUCUAACGUAAUGGCAAUCACAUUUUAUUGUCGUGAACCUUGUUAACUAGCUUCUAAAAAAAACUUAUGCCAAGGUAUUAUUAUUUUCAUCUAAUAUGUACCUUCAAAAAGUUCUCUAAAAGCAUACAAACAAAAUGAACGAAAUGAACAAAAAUAGAGAUAGAAUUUUACAAAAAUUUUUAACUGUUUAAAGAUACGCUUAACACCAAAAAAUUAACAAGGUAUAUUUAUCAAUUACUAUUGUACAUACGAAUUUUCUUAUUAGAGAAACAGGUCUGAAAAAGAAGAAAUAUACCGCCUCAUUUAAAUAAUUUUCUACGAGGAAAAUUAAUCAUUUCCAAGGAAAAGUAUGGGCUUCAUUAGUCUCAGACCAUGACGUAAAAGUUAGAUAACAAUGAAUGAUCCGAAAGAUUUUUCAUUUUUUCGUUUCCUGUAUGAGUACAAAUCGAAACAAAAGAUCACAAACACAUGGAAGUUUCUCUCAAAAUUUACUACAAGAAGCUAUCUAUUCCAGUUCGAGAAGAGGAUGUAAAAGACAAAAGAGAUCCAAGGCGAAUGUAGUGGGAACACUGGCCUAUCAAGUUAAAGUGAAAGUCGACUUCGUUGUGAUCGUUGAUCCAAAUCGACGAGAGAGAUCGAUAAGAACGAUUCCGAUACGAUAUCCUCGUGAACAACUGUAAAUAACUCCUUAUAUCUCUUUCCAAAUUUGUAUAUAUCUAUUAGUAUAUGCAUAUAUGUAUAUAUGUAUAUACAUAUGUAUGUGUAUAUAUAUAUACGUGUGUGUGUGUGUGUGUAUAAGGUCUUGUCUCUUUUCUUGAAAACAUAUGAAAAGAGUAAUCUGAACGAAGGAGUUCUGGAUUAAUUAACGAAAGAUUGAAGAGAAAAGUGACACAUCGAAUACUCCAAAAUGUUAUUAGCUUUUAUAAUGACUCAUGUGAGUAUAUAUUAUUCGUAAGAUUAAUUAAUUUAAUUAAGGAAAUUUCAUUCUACGUAAUUUAACAAUACUGAAUUUAUCUUUAAUCGGUAACACAAUUUAACGGGGAUUCGUUCGAAACGUCUGAAUUACCCAAGCUUUCUUUUUUUUGUUUUUAUUAUUAUUUUUUAUUUAACUCUGUGUUCAAUCCGUUCCUAUUUCGUUCUAUUCGCUUUGCCACGCCACAACUUUGUCGUCAAUUUUAUUAUCUAUUAUUUAUUUCGUUCGCUUGUCUUAAUGAAUAGUUUUUAAGUAUGGCAAGUCAAAUGCAAUAUCAAUUUUCUUAUCUAUUUUUAUGAUGCAAUUCCUUGUUUUUCCUUCUUGGCGUAUUACGAAUUAACCCUCUCAAAUCUAAUCUUUUUAUUUAAAAGAAAUUUUACAAUGUGAAACUUAUAUUAUAUUAAGUAUACUCUAUAAAUAAAAAAUGUUAAUGUUCGGAUAGUUAGUAACAAUUAAUAUUAUAACGAAAAAUGAAAUAAGACAAAAAAUACAGAUAUAUGAAUGAUUAAUUUUUAAAUUAUAUUAGGGUAACCCUUAAAUUUUAAAGGGUUAAUGUUCUCUUAGAUAUUAUUUCUCUUCUUUACACACUAAGUCAAUGCUUCUAUCGUCUAUCGUGUCUGUCGUGCCAUUUCACUAUGGUUACCUCCUGUUAAUGAUUAUAGAAUAAAUGAGAAGUUUAAAACAAAAUAA